AUGCAAAAGACAACUGCGGUUGUUGACUUCGAGGCGUUUCUUCGUGCCUCAUUUCCGUCGCACGGCAACGUAUUCACAACAGAAGACGCCGUCCGUGCGCUUGCGGGUUACACGGGGGCAUCACACUGGGAUGCAUCUCUGGUGGUGGACUUGCGUCAGUUACACCACACCUUGGAGCAGAUGCAAACCUAUGCGGCGAGAAUGUUGAUGGAAAAGAGAGAAAUUACUGAAGAAGGAUCCCGCAUGACGGUGAUGCUGCCGACAACUCAAGACGUAUUUGAAAGCGACGAAGUCACCUGGAAGAGUAGACACAGUUCAAGUCCUCUGCCUGCCAAACCGUGCGCGGAGGAAAGGAAGAAGAUAUGCAAGCAAUUUCGAGAAACUGGGGCGUGCAAGUUUGGCUCAAGGUGCCUCUAUCACCACUCGGUUCCUUUAAAUGGGAACGUGUCCGAACCCAAUGUGCCGAAGGCGUCCGUCGGCUAUUCGUUGGGUAUUAUGAACCGAUGCGUGGAAGAGUUGCAAGGUUUAAAGCUCUCUGAUGAAGCUUCCAAUUCACAUUCAAAGGGAGGGAAGCGCGCGGUGCUGGCCGCCCUGCCAUCAUCUACCAAUAACUACUCUGCGUCGCCACCAAUGCUGUCCAACGCUGCGCCGAAGGUCGCGACAGAGACGCCGCAGGACCCCCCAAAACCGCUUGACUCUGCGGCGUGCCCGACGUUUACGGCCAUGGGCAGUGUUGUUAUGGUCCCACUUUCGUUGCCCAAUGGAAUCAUCUACGGGUACGCUCCCCUCCCGCUGCAGAUGCCCCUUGUUCAAUACACCCCGCAAUAA